CGAGAUUCUAUUUGCAUCGUGAACUAAUAACUUAUUUGUUACGGCUGCAUUGAUAACGGUGUUGGUUUAAAAUCGUAAUUCUCUUAAAAUAAAACGAAGCUGUUUGUUCCGUGUGUGAUGAUCAUCCAGCGAUGAUGUGCAAUCCCGUGGCGCUGUUGUUGUUACUGGCCCUCACCGGCGCGCUCGCAGCUCCGGCCAUGUACGACGAUUAUACGGAGGAGGUCCCACAGAAACGAGCAGCCCUAGUGUUGGACCGGCUCCUGGUGGCUCUUCAGAAGGCGCUCCAUGAAGACAACGGGCCACCACGCGGGUACGACCGCAUAGACCCGAAUGGGCCCCGCACUGCCCCGCUGCGGCUGGCCGACGAUGAGAUCAAUGACUUGAGCGCGCUGCAGCGACGCGGCAGCGGCAACGGCCGGGGCAGAGUCCUGCGAUGUUACUUCAACGCCGUCACCUGCUUCUAAGUUCCUAUUUACUGUUGUGUAUCAAUAAACUAAUCACAUAGUGUAUCAUAACGAAUAUUCUAUAAGUACCUACAUAUAACUCUUAAUGUAAUUUAACAUAGGAAUUUAUUUGGGUAUUUUAAAAGCUUAUGUAAAACUGACUUGAUGUCUCCAAGUGAUUCUUUUGUGCCAAAUUACUACGCGUUAUAUUACAACUCUUGGUAAUAUGUACUUUACUAUGUACAAGGGUAAUAUGUAAUGUAUAAAAACUAUUGUAAUAUUAUAUCACGUAUUGUUCUUGCCGUUCGAAUUUAUUCCCUGUAAAUAUCCAAUAAUAAAAUUUUUGUUGCAAUAA